AAGUGGCUCCGCAGCCUGCUGGAUGUGUGUGUGCUCGGAGCGGUUACCUCCUCCAUAGCAGCGAGAGUGUCGCAAACCCACCGGGCUGAGUGAAGGGACGCAGCGGAGGACAGAGAGCAACCCGGCCUCCGGAGCUAACCGCUUCCCGGACUGGAGCCCGCCUGCCCCCCCGCCAUGGAGGAGUCCGGGUCGGGGCUGUAGCUGCCCAGGUACAGGUCGAAGCGGCGCAGCCGGUCCGGGAGCGAGCAGUAUGCACUCAGACUGCAGGCUGCUGCGGGCAGAGCGGUAAUGGUGGGCAGGGGAGCGACAGGGGCCGCCGCCGGGCUCCCCGUCCUGUCGGUUCUCCUCAUCCUCACCGCGGAGCGCUGCGCGGCGCAGAAAGGUGACGGCUGUGGCCCCACCGUGCUCGGCCCCAGCAGCGGGACGCUGUCCUCCCUGGGCUACCCGAGGACGUACCCCAACACCUCGGUGUGCGAGUGGGAGAUCAGCGUGCCCCGCGGCAAGCGGAUCCUCUUCCGCUUCGCCACGCUGGACAUCGAAGACGGCGACUGCCAGGUCAGCUACCUCCGCCUCUACGACGGCAUCGGACCGGGCCGGAGCGAGAUCGUGAAACACUGCGGUUUGGGAGUGAACAUCAGAGAGCCGGUGGAGUCCGCCGGCAGCCAGGUGACGGUGCAGUUCAUGAGUGGGAUCCACCACACCGGGCGAGGAGUCUACCUGUCCUACUCCACCACCGAGCACACAGAUCUCAUCACAUGUCUGGACAAAGGCUCUGAUUUCCCCGAGGCAGAGUUCAGUAAAUACUGCCCGGCGGGCUGCUUGACGUCCCCAGAGGAGAUUUCUGGAACCGUACCAAACGGAUACCGAGAGUCCUCCCCUCUGUGUGUGGCAGCUGUCCAUGCGGGUGUGGUGUCCAACGCGGUGGGAGGGAGGAUCAGUGUGGUCAGCAGUAAAGGCAUCCCUCACUACGAGGGCACGCUGGCCAACAACGUCACGUCCACUGGAGGAACUCUGUCCAACAGCCUCUUCACCUUCAGGACCAACGGCUGCUACGGCACGCUGGGCCUGGAGUCCGGCGGCGUGGCGGACACUCAGCUCAACGCCUCGUCGGCGUGGGACUGGAGCGCCGUCCCCGGUCAGCACAGCGUCUGGUCGCCGGCGGGGGCGCGGCUCAAGAAGGCGGGGCUCCCCUGGGCGCCCUCCCAGAGUGACCAGCAGCAGUGGCUGCAGGUCGACCUGAAGCGGGGGAAACGCAUCACAGGCAUCAUCACCACGGGCUCCACGCUGAGGGAGUACCAGUACUACGCCUCCCAGUACCGCGUGCUGUACAGCAACAACGGCAAGCAGUGGUCCAGCUACCGGGAGCCCAACGCCACGCACGACAAGAUUUUCCAAGGCAACAUAAACUACCUUCACGAGGUGAGGAACAACUUCAUCCCUCCGAUCGAGGCGCGCUUCCUGAGGAUCAGUCCCACCGCCUGGCACCAGAGGAUCGCGCUCAAGCUGGAGCUGCUCGGCUGUCCGAUUCCCGUCGUGAGGACCGAGUCGAGGAUCUUCACCCCGUCUCGUCAGGUUCCACCUUCUGCCGGCACCAAGCGGCCGCCUCGCCUGGGCCAGACCACACACACCCCGGACAUCCGAAACACCACCAUGCCCCCGCACACCGGCAAAGACGUGGUUCUGGCGGCGGUCCUGGUUCCGGUGCUGGUCAUGGUCCUGACCGCCCUCAUCCUGACCGCGGUGUGUGCCUGGCACUGGAGGAGCAGGAAGAAGAGCUCGGAGGGAACGUACGACCUUCCUCACUGGGACCGAACAGACUGGUGGAAAAGCAUGAAGCAGCUGCUGCCGUCCAAGAUGGUGGAGACGGAGGACUCGGUGCGGUACACCAGCAGCGAGGUUGGCCGGCUGUCCGGGAGGGGGGCGGUGCCUCGCCUCCACGCCGAGCCUGCAGAAUACGCGCAGCCGCUGGUGAGCGGCGUGACCACGCUGGGCGCCCGCUCCACCUUCAAGCCCGACGAGGGCCCCGCCCCCGGCUACUCGGAUUCAGACCUGUACGACGCCCCCAUCUCCCCCGACAUCUACCACGCCUACGCCGAGCCGCUGCCGGCGUCGGGGGCGGAGUACGCCACGCCCAUCGUGGUGGACAUGGGCUGCCACCUGAACCAGCCCCCCGCCGUCUGCGGCUUCAAGGGGGCGGGGCCCGCCGCCGGCCGCCAGGCGGGACGCUCGGCGUACGACACGCCGAAAAACGCCAGCGGACAGGCCACGCCCACCGCGGACCUGACCUAUCAGGUGCCUCAGAGCUGCGCUCAGAAACCCGCCGGACAGGGCUGAGGAGGACGACCACGGCUCGGCCCCGCCCUCGGAGAUGGAGGGGGCGGGGCUUAGUUCCUUGAGACUCUGCUGCCCGGACGCCGGUGCGCCGCCGCAGGCUGCUGGUGUGGCGCCGUUACAGUCCAAUCACUGAAACCACAGAGAUGAAUGUGUUCUGCCCCCCCGGGGAGCCGAGCAGCGGCAGGAGGGGCGGGAACCGCAGCGCUGACUACUGUUGAUACAGACUCUGUCCCUGUUCUGUGAUUUAUGUUCUAGUUGUUUUAAGUAGGUCUUGCAUCCUGUGAAACUGUGAUUUCCAUUCUGUCGUUAUUCUGUUACAACCUUCUAAUUUACAUCCACGGACUCUGAGGGUCCUCUUACUGAACCAACGCCCAUCAUCUGAAAUCAAGCAGUUGCUCCUCUGCUGGAGAAACUCACACGUUCCACGGUACUUCUAUUUUUUUUUUUUAUAGUCUUUUGAAGCAUGACUUGAAAUGGUGUGUACAGUUCCAGUAAUUCCAUUACUGCAAUCCUGUUGGGACUCAAAAUGAUUUACUGAUAUUUAUUUUAAUGUUUCACAUCCUGCUGAUAAGGAGAUACUUAUUGAAAACCAUCCCGCCACUACGCUCUAAUAAUUAGGUUACACUGUUGUGGACUUGUUGUCUCGCCGAAUCUGGUCAAUCUCCACUUUAACUCCCCGACUGAAGACCAAAUGUGACGUUUUUGCGCUCGUUCACGACGGAGCACGCUCUCGCCAACGGGCUCGGCCAAAUUAAAGCAGUCUUAAAAUGUGUCUUCACGAAGAGAAAGGUACAAGAAGAAGAGGUAGUAAAUAUGUUACAGCUGUGAUUCUUCCAUAGUGUGUGUGUGUGUGUUUUUUUGAACUGGGUGUCUGUUCUGUGCCUCCUCUGUGUCGGUGUGUGUACGUAUGUGCGGUAAGCUGUUGUGCGGAGGUGGUAGUUGUUGUUUUUUUAGCUGUUGUGGACUGCAUUCCUCUCCCGUCCACCUGCGGUACUGAUGUGUCCAAACGGCUGGGAGAGAACGAGCUGCUUCACAUCUCCGGCGGCAGGGGGGGGGGGGGGGAGCGGCGGCUGUUCCAACAACUCCGCCGCCGCGGAGCCCCCCCCCCCCCUCCGCUCAGUAACCAAAGUGAACUUUAUCCAGAGGUUUGGUGCUCGCUGGUCCCAGAGGGCUCGAGCCCACGUGGCUCUCACUGAUUGUACAAAGAGAAAUAAAGAGUUUUUAAG